UCAUAGACAUCAGCAACAAGGCCCAGCCCCACACAUCAUCAAAGUCCGCUCCAACCAGGAUUCCUGUCUCCAUCGAUUGCAAAUUUUCUUCCACCAAUCGCUAUAAAUGAUCUAAAGGAUCCCAUCACCGCCCUUUCCAUAUGAAUACCCCUACCUCCACUUCUGCCGAAGUGGACCAGGGAGCUGCGGAUGCUGGAGGCGCACUAGAACUAAAAGCUCUCGACAGAACAGUGGCGGCGGCGGCGGCGGCGGUGGCGGUGGGAGAGGUGGAAGUCGGUGACGGAGGUGUAGAGAUGGAGGCCGAUAAGAAGGUAGCGGAGGAGGGUGAUCGGCCGAUGGAUGUAGGGGAUGGGCCUACGGCGUCCCCGGCUACCGUUUUUCGUAUUCGGCUCAAGCAGCCGCCCUCCAAUCUUCGACACAAGAUGCGAGUUCCCGAGCUCUGCCGCAACUUCAGUGCGGUUGCUUGGUGUGACAAGCUGAAUGCUAUUGCUUGUGCGUCGGAGACAUGUGCAAGAAUCCCUAGCUCUAAUGCGACUCUUCCAUUUUGGGUACCAAUCCACAUUUUAAACCCUGAGAGGCCAACAGAAUGUGCUGUAUUCAAUGUUAAAGCUGAUUCCCCACGAGAUUUUGUUCAGUUUAUUGAAUGGUCGCCGAAGUCUUGCUCCCGUGCACUGUUGAUUGCUAAUUUUCAUGGCAGAAUCACCAUAUGGACUCAACCUUCACAGGGUCCAGUUCAUCUUGUUCGAGAUGUCAGUUCUUGGCAAUGUGAAUAUGAAUGGAGGCAAGAUCUUGCAGUUGUCACUAAAUGGUUAUCAGGAAUGACAGCGAUUCGUUCCCUGCCUUCAAAUCCUAACAAUUCUUCCAAUAUAAAAUUGACUUUUGAGGAGAAGUUUAUUUCACAUCAAUCUCAAACUGCAGCAAGAUGGCCAAACUUUCUUUGUGUUUGUUCAGUUUUCUCGUCAGGGUCCAUCCAGCUUCACUGGGCACGGUGGCCUCCUCCAGAAAGUGGUGAACCACAGAAAUGGUUUUCAACAAGCAAAGGGCUUCUAGGAGCUGGGCCAAGUGGUAUUAUGGCUGCUGAUGCCAUCAUUACUGAAGCAGGGAUCAUGCAUGUUGCUGGUGUCCCUCUUGUCAACCCAUCUACUGUUGUUGUAUGGGAGGUUACACCUGGCCCUGGGAAUGGCUUUCAUGUGACUGCUAAGAUAAAUACAACCAGCUCAAUUCCUCCUCCAUUGAGUCCUUGCUGGUCAGGAUUUGCACCUCUUGCUGCAAGUUUGUUUAGUUGGCAAGAGUAUAUAAUUUCUCAAGAAAAGCAAGGAAAAAGGCAAACAGAUCAAGAGAUACUCGAGGCUCUUCCACUUCACUGUUCACCUGUUUCUAAUUUUUCUGCAUAUGUAAGCCCUGAAGCUGCUGCUCAGUCUGCAGCAACCACAACAUGGGGUUCAGGAGUUACUGCUGUGGCUUUUGAUCCAACAAAGGGAGGGUCAAUGAUUGCAGUUGUAAUAGUUGAAGGGCAGUACAUGUCUCCAUAUGAUCCUGAUGAGGGCCCAUCGAUAACAGGAUGGAGGGUCCAGUGCUGGGAAUCAUCUCUUCAACCUGUUGUUUUACAUCCAAUAUUUGGAAAUCCCUCUAGUUUUGGGGGGCAGCCACCCAUGCAAACAGUAUGGUUAACUAGAGUAAACAAAAGCAUUCCACCAACUGAUGACAUGACAAAUCCCCAACCAUGCACUUCAUCAUCAACCAUAUCCGAUGAAAAAAAUUCAUCUGAUAGUAGCAUUGAGAGGGCAAAGAGGCUCAGCUUUGACCCAUAUGAUCUUCCAAGCGAUGUUAGGCAGCUAGCUCAAAUAGUAUAUUCUUCACAUGGUGGUGAGGUUGCCGUUGCUUUUCUUCGUGGUGGAGUCCACAUUUUUUCUGGUGCAAAUUUCAAUCAACUUGAUAGCUACCACAUCAAUGUUGGUUCAGCCAUUGCAACACCAGCCUUCUCAUCUAGUAGCUGCUGCUUGGCCUCAGUUUGGCAUGACACAAACAAAGAUCGGACAACCUUGAAGAUAUUUCGUGUUCUUCCUUCUGCUGUUUCCAGCUAUCAAGCUAAAGUUAACUCCGCAGCAUGGGAACGUGCUAUUGCAGACAGGUUCUGGUGGUGUCUUUUGUCUGGAGUUGACUGGUGGGAUGCCAUUGGUUGCACCCAGAGCGCCGCAGAAGAUGGUAUAGUGUCUUUGAAUAGCGUGAUUGCUGUGUUGGAUGCAGACUUCCAUGCUUUGCCAUCAAAUCAACACCGACAACAAUAUGGCCCAAGCCUUGACCGGAUAAAAUGCAGACUUUUGGAGGGUACAAAUGCUCAAGAUGUUAGGGCUCUUGUUCUAGAUAUGCAAGCAAGAUUGUUGCUAGAUAUGUUGGGUAAAGGAAUCGAGUCUGCUGUUAUUAACCCUGCAACAUUUUUACCGGAACCUUGGCAUGCUUCUGGUGAAACAUUAGCUAGCAUUGAUACCGAUAAAAUGGUUGUUGACCAAGCUUUGAUACUCAGCAUCCAGGCUUACGUUGAUGCUGUUCUGGAUCUUGCCUCACAUUUCAUCACUCGCCUACGGCGUUAUGCAAGUUUUUGUCGUACUUUGGCUAGUCAUGCUGUUGGAGCAUCCUCUGGAUCAAGCAAUGCUCGCAAUAUUGUGGCAAGUCCACCGCUCUCUUCAUCACCUGCAACUAGUCAGGGCAGUCAGAGUGGAGCUACUACCACAAGUGGAAACUCUCAGAUGCAAGCAUGGGUACAAGGUGCUAUUGCUAAGAUCAGCAACACUGCUGACGGAGGAUCAUCAACAACCACACCAAACCCAAUCAGUGGCCCUCCUUCCUUUAUGCCAAUUAGUAUAAAUACCGGAACGUUUCCUGGAACACCUGCAGUCAGGCUUAUUGGGGAUUGUCAUUUUCUUCACAGAUUAUGCCAAUUGCUUCUUUUUUGUCUCAUUUUUCGGCAAAGACACAUGGUGAACAAACCUGCUGUUAGUGCUGUUUCCAAAAUAGAAGAAGGCCAGGCUCGUGCAGGACAAUUGGUUGUUGGAGCCAAAGGUCUUGAAGAAGGUCACCCAGGCAAAUCUAUACGACUAGGUUCUGGAAAUGCUGGACUGGGAUAUACAUUGGAAGAGGUGAAAGUAUUGUUCCGCAUACUGGUAGAUCUUUGUAGAAGGACAUCUCCCCUGCCACACCCAUUGCCUACGUCACAAGUUGGGUCAAGCAGUAUAAAUAUACGAUUGCACUACAUUGAUGGGAAUUAUACUGUGCUACCUGAGGUGGUAGAAGCAUCUCUAGGUCCCCAUAUGCAGAAUAUGCCUCGUCCAAGAGGUGCUGAUGCCGCUGGUCUUUUACUUCGUGAGUUGGAGCUACACCCUCCUGCGGAAGAAUGGCACAGACGCAACAUGUUUGGUGGGCCGUGGUCAGAUCCUGGAGAUACUGGUCCUUUGGAUUACGCUACCAAGUCAAAAUUUUCUUGUUCAGAUUCUUGUGCUUCUAAACUAGUUGAGAAUUACAAUGAUUUUUCUGGGAGCCACUGCCUCUGGCCGAGGAAACGCAGAAUGUCAGAGAGAGAUGCAGCGUUUGGUUUGAAAACUUCGGUAGGACUGGGAACUUGUCUUGGCAUAAUGGGAUCUCGAAGGGAUGUUGUUACUGCUACAUGGAAGACAGGUCUCGAAGGUGUAUGGUACAAGUGCGUCAGAUGUUUGCGACAGACCUGUGCAUUUACUCCUGCAUCUCCUUUUAAUGAACGCGAAGCAUGGUGGAUCAGCCGCUGGGCUUAUGGUUGCCCCAUGUGUGGUGGGACUUGGGUACGUGUAGUUUAGUUUAGGAACUUAUAUGCUUUUAUUUAUGUAUUUCAUAUAAAAUUUAAUAUGCUAUAUUAAGGGGAUAUAGUUCUAGAAGAUAGGCAUAGAUUAUUGGUCAAUUCAUUUCAUUAUGAGUUAGAAGUCCCCAUUUUAACUUAGUUGUCAUGUAAUUGGAUAAAGCUGUAUAAUAUUAAAAACCCUAAUUUUUUUCAUCCAUUUCUAUCUUGAAUUAGAA